AGGGGCUGGAGGGCACCCAGAAGGGCCUGAUUCUGACUAUGCCGCAGCCUCAGGAUGACCCUUCCUCCUUUUGUGCUUAGCUAAUGUUUACAUCUCAUAAUUCAUGCACUGCCGCGGAGAUGCACAGCAGCCCCAAGGUUCGCGUCCCUUUGCGGGACCUGCUGUUUCUGUUUCUCUCUAAUAGAAGAGGAAGAGGGUUGAAAACCUUGUAAUCCCAGGAAUGGACACACAGUGCCUUUUCCUGCUCCCAGAGCUCAAAACUAGGGGGAAAAAGAAAAUCAAAGCACUGAAACCAUACCCCAAACGAAGGAUGCGCGGAAAAUAGGAGGACUGGAAAAUUUCUGGGCCAAGAAGAUCUGUCUGUCUUCUGUAUAUACCCUGUAGAUCCGAAUUUGUGUAAGGAAUUUUGUGAUCACAAAUUCGUAUCUAGGGGAAUAUGUAGUUGACAUAAACACUCCGCUCAUUUUUUUUUCUGAAGACAAAAUUUUUUUUCCUAAAUGAGGACCAUCCGGUGAUACGAAGACUCCUUUUUCUUUCUUCCUUUUUCUUUUUCUCCCUCAACUGGUUAGAGAUGGAGGAAUCAUCUACCUGAAAUCUACCCAUGCCUGCCCUUGGGAGCCUUAGUCCUUUUUCACUUAUCUUAAAAGGUUAAUGUUGUUGCUGAUGUUUUUAUUUUGUCCUUUCCCUUUGGUCCAGCUAUUCCCUAUUUUGGGUUCAGGGAGGCUUCACUGAAAAUCUGGUAAAAAUGACUAUUGUCUUCAGUGUGCGAAGGGAAAGGAAAUUCACUUUUCAAACGGAUGCAGAGGUCGCCUUUCCGUUUGGGUGCAGAACAAGAUGCCCUGGAAGCACGCGAUUACCAAAGGGUGUUAUUGUGUGGGGAUCACCCAGGCUCCUAUCCUUAGCAUCACAAGGAUGUGAGAUUUCUGCUCGCUGCUGAGGCGCGGCAUUAACGGCAAUUAGAACAUCUCGCCGCUGCGGUUAGGCUUGCUCCGGUGUUUCUGGAAUUAGCAAAUUGCUAUUCAACGUGCUCUCAGAAGUUGGAGGUUUUUUACUCCAGUGUUCAUGUUCCGUGUGGGAAACCAACUCGUUUCUCCCGGCUUGGGCCGCGUGGGAUAAGGGGAGGAGUGGAGAGGAGAAGGGAACAGACGGACUGACUGACACAGCCAAACUAAUAGCGCAGCUAAAUGCGAUUUGGAAGGCGAGGUCUCCCCGAAUUAGUGCAUGAAUUUCCUAUCGAUCCGCCCGUGGUUCCAUUCAUCUCUGACAAGUCCCUCCGUACACCCGCCUGGUUGCUCCGACGCCUCUUCUUUCACUCACUACCCCUCCCCGUGCGGCUGCAGAGAAAAGGCCCACGCUUGAUGCCUCGUUCCCCUGUGUGUGGGUUCUCCUCUCCAGGCGGAGCCCCUAGUCCGCCCCUCACUUAACUCCCCUGCUUAGACGCUGGGUGCAGAUGCUCCAUACCCCCAUCGAUAAGAGGGGCUAAGACCCUAAGGGAGGCCUGGGGGAGGGAGGCAGGACGGGAGGGGCCACAUUCAGAGCCCCAACUUCUGAGGGGAUCCAGGGAUUGCGCUCCGCCCAGCGCCCCAACAGGCCCUCGGGUGGCAACCUGCUCACUCUCUCUCUCUCCCUCCCUUUCCGCGAUCCCGGAGAGGCGAGGCGAGGCGAGGAGGCGGUGGCCCCGCAGGAGCCCUAUGUAAAUCCUGGUGUUGGGUGGGUAGGGAGCGGGGGUGGAGAAGAAGGGGAAAUAAACCUCUUUGGCUGGAGUAGGGUCCGGGUGAGCAGAUUUCCUUAUCCGGGAAUCGCAGGCGGGGCGGCCAUUGGCUCCGAGGAUCACGUGGGCCCCUAACUUUGUUCACUUGACAGUAAGUAGGAGGGCUUUCGGAAACAGGAAAACGAGUCAGGGGUCGGAAUAAAUUUUAGUAUAUUUUGUGGACAAUUCCCAGAAAUUAAUGGCUAUGAGUUCUUUUUUGAUCAACUCAAACUAUGUCGACCCCAAGUUCCCUCCGUGCGAGGAAUAUUCACAGAGCGAUUACCUACCCAGCGACCACUCGCCGGGGUACUACGCCGGCGGCCAGAGGCGAGAGAGCAGCUUCCAGCCGGAGGCGGGCUUCGGGCGGCGCUCGGCGUGCACCGUGCAGCGUUACGCGGCCUGCCGGGACCCUGGGCCCCCGCCGCCUCAGCCGCCGCCCCCGCCGCCCCCGCCACCGCCCGGGCUGUCCCCUCGGGCUCCCGCACAGCCGCCGUCCGGGGCCCUCCUCCCGGAGCCCGGCCAGCGCUGUGAGGCGGUCAGCAGCAGCCCCCCGCCGCCUCCCUGCGCCCAGAACCCCCUGCACCCCAGCCCGUCCCACUCCGCGUGCAAAGAGCCCGUCGUCUACCCCUGGAUGCGCAAAGUUCACGUGAGCACGGUCAACCCCAAUUACGCCGGCGGGGAGCCCAAGCGCUCUCGGACCGCCUACACUCGCCAGCAGGUCUUGGAGCUGGAGAAGGAAUUUCACUACAACCGCUACCUGACACGGCGCCGGAGGGUGGAGAUCGCCCACGCGCUCUGCCUCUCAGAGCGCCAGAUCAAGAUUUGGUUCCAGAACCGGCGCAUGAAGUGGAAAAAAGACCACAAGUUGCCCAACACCAAGAUCCGCUCGGGCGGCACCGCAGGCUCAGCCGGAGGGCCCCCUGGCCGGCCCAACGGAGGCCCCCUCGCGCUCUAGUGCCCCCCUUGCGGGAGCCGCGAACCUCGGGGCGGGGGUGGGUUGCGAGCUCGCGGGUGGUUGGGGGAGACGAGGGAGGGGACCCUGGGGCAUGGGCCCGAAAAAGCCUACCUGCCCUCCCCCCACUUUGUCUAUUUACACGAAUAAAUGCGGAGGAGGGGGGAGGGGAAGCUUUAUUUAUAGAAAUGACAAUAGGGAGCCGGGCGAGGACCCCCAGAAGCAAGGUUCAAGUCUCUUGCUUUCUUCCUUAAAAAAAAAAAAAAGAAGAAGGAAGAAAGAAAAAGACAGAAAGAGAAAUAGGAGGAGGCUGCACUCCUCAUUUUCAGCUUUGGCGAAGAUGGAUCCACGUUUCAUCUUUAAUCACGCCAGGCCCAGGCCCAUCUGUCUUGUUUACUCUGCCGAGGAGAGGACGGGCCUCGGUGGCGACCAUUACCUCGACACCCGGCUAACAAAUGAGGCCCGGCUCGGCCGCCGCCGCCUCUGCUGCUGCCGCUCUUGGAAGACAGUCUGGAUUUUCUUUCUUUGUCCCUCAUUCCUGAAACCCAGCGAAAGCAUCCUCUGACUGCCAGAUAGCACAGUGUUUUGGCCACGGUAACAAACACGCGCACACAACCUCCUUCCCCCUCCAUGCCCGUUCACCCCCCUUCCACCUUGGGACCGGGGUAGGGAGGACAGGCUGGGGACAGGUGGACGUAGGGUGCCUCGGCUGCGCAGGAGCAGGGCAGGGUAAUUGAGUCCGAGAGAAAAAGAGGACCCAGAGACCGGGAGGGCCCUCCUUUGGAAGGUCAAGCCAUGCCUGGCGGGGUGAAAGGCCAGUUGCCUUCUGGGAGCUGGACACAACCCUCUCCCCAAUCUAGAGUUGUGCAGUGGAGGCCUUUUCUCCUAGAUUGAAAGUGAAUGUGAAACUAGGCAAUAAAAUGCCCUUCCCAUCUGGGAGAUAAGGUUACAGAGACCUCUCCCAUAGUUUAUCAUUGUUGCAUUGAUGAUGAUGAUGAUUAUUAAUUAUUAUUAUUAUUAUUUUAUGUUAUGUGCGUCUGUCCUCUCUCCUAUUCUCUUUCUGACAUUCCAAACCAGGCCCCUUCCUAGUCCUGGGGCUGCUUGAGUCUAGAACCCUUCGUUGGUGUGAAAAUGUGUGUCAUGUACAGAGUGACAAUAGAAAUAAAUGUUUGGUUUCUUGUGAUCA